UCUUGUUUCUACACGCGCAUGUCUUUCUCCUUUGCUCUGUUUCUACAACUCUCUCUCUCUCUCUUCUUCUGUUUCUCUCACUAAAACUGGCGAUCGAAGAUAAUCAACAAGCUAGUGUAAGAGAAAUCAUGGGAUCUGAGGAAGAAAACAGCAAGAGUUGGCCUCCAUGGCUUAAACCUCUGCUUCAAGAGAAGUUCUUUGUACAAUGCAAAUUACACGCAGAUUCACACAAGAGUGAGUGUAAUAUGUACUGUUUAGAUUGUACCAAUGGUCCUCUCUGUUCUUUCUGCCUCUCUUUCCACAAGGAUCAUCACGCCAUUCAGAUAAGGAGAUCAUCAUAUCACGAUGUGAUAAGAGUAUCGGAGAUUCAGAAAUUUCUGGACAUAACAGGAGUUCAGACAUAUGUGAUUAACAGUGCUAAGGUUGUCUUCUUGAACGAGAGACCUCAGCCUCGACCAGGCAAAGGUGUUGUCAACACCUGCCAAGUCUGUUAUCGCAGCCUCGUCGAUUCCUUCAGAUUCUGCUCUCUUGGUUGCAAGAUCUCUGGAACCUCGAAGAAUUUCGACAAAAAAAGAAAGGAUUCGACAAACAAUCUUUCAGAUUCUGAUGAUUCGUAUAGCAGUACUACCACCAGUAACGGCAGGCUCAAGAAGAAUAGUGACAUGAUUAAUAACAAUAGUUUCACGCCAUCAACACCGCCUCUAUCGGCCGUAAAUGGCCGAAUUGUAAAACGAAGGAAGGGAAUUCCGCAUCGUGCUCCUUUUGGAGGACUAAUCAUAGAAUACUAAUAAGAUGGUAAUGUAUAGUCUAAAUGCUAAUAACAAUCACCAGUGGUUUGUGGGGUAUGUGUGUGUGUGUGUAUACGUAGUGUGGUGUAGAGGAAUGUAUAAAGAAAAGCUUAACAUGAUAUUGUGAAAUAGUAGAUAUGAAAGGGUAAAAAAGUGGGAAAGAUAACAGGAUGAAGCAUGAAUAUGUACGGGAAAUACGUUUGCCUGUACAUUUUGGGUUGAAAGGUUAAUAUGUAAAUAAUACUGUGUGUGGAUCAAAAUAAUAGGUAAUAAAAGUAUGUGAUACAAUGCAAAUGUGAAUGAAAUAAAGGCAUUUUUAACAUUCGAUGUA